AUGGCUAAAAAAGGAUCUAGGAAAAAUAAAAACAAAAAUACUGAAAAAGAGGAUGCAUUAGAGGAGAAUAAAGAAGACGAUGUAGCAGGAGAAGACGAUCAAAAGGAAGAUACACGAGCGGAUCAUCAGAAUGAUUCAAAAGUCAGUGAAACGAAAUAUAACAAAAAUAUUAUUGAUCCUAAAAUGUACAACAAAUUUAAAGAUGAUGGAACCUUUUUAGAACAAGUGCUAGCACUACAAAAAAAAAAAAAAGUUAGAAAAAUAAAAGAAUCUGAAGCAACUGAUUCUAAAAAGAAAAGAACAAAAAAAACAGAUCAAGAAGAGGAAAAGGAGAAGCAUUCUGAAUCAGAUGUUGAAGAUGAACGAGAAAUAGAAAUAAAAAAUGAAUACAUUGAAAAAAUAAACAAAAUGAAGGAAGAGGGCUUUUUUACGGAUAAGGGAAUAGGAGCAGGAAUGGUGAAGUAA